CUGAGACGGCCACCGGAUCUUCUCACACGGCGUUUUCCGGCAACUCAAAAUUCUCCAUUUUUGCCUCGCCGUCUACGCCUACGCCUAUUUCUCUUUGUUUUUUGCAUUUAUAUUAUUAAUAUUAUCUAUCUCGGUGAUUAUCAUUUGCAUGGCAGUACGGUUUUUGAAUCGGGAUGUAUCAGAUUUAUGCCUUGGUAAGCCGGCGUUAAGGUCAAUUCCGGAGAAUGCCACGGUAGCAGAGGCGUUAUUGUUGUUGAAGAGAUCCGGCGAGACUCAUGUAAGCGUAUGGAAUUGCGAUCAUUCUUCUUCGGUUCUAGAAAAAGUUAAAGCAGAUGAUGAUGAUGGAUGUCAUUGCGUUGGGAAGAUAUCUAUGGUGGAUGUAAUUUGCUUUCUCUCUAAACAAGAGAAUUUGAUUGAUUCUUCCAAGGCAUUUGAAGUUCCGAUAUCGAAGCUUUUGCCUAAAGGAGAUUCAAUUGUGAGGCAUUUGGAGCCCAAUUCAAGCUUGCUCGAAGCUAUAGAUUACAUGAUUGAAGGUACCCAAAACGCAGUCAUACCAAUUUACAACUAUGCAAGCACAGAUUCAAGGAGAAAAUCAUCCUCUCCGAGAUCUACACAUCAUAAUGGAGUUGAAUAUUGUUGGCUAACACAAGAAGAUGUUGCACGUUUCCUUCUCAAUUCCAUUGGAGUCUUCUCUCCUAUGCCCACAUUUUCGAUUGAAUCCCUCAACAUCAUAGAUCACAACAUUAUGACUGUCGGCUACCACGAUCCUGCAAUAUCUGCUUUGGAUUCCAUUAAACUAGCAAAUAUUGAACAAACCGCGUUGGCAGUAGUGGAUAAUGACAAUAAACUAAUUGGGGAAAUCUCUGCUUCCACUCUUGCAUACUGUGAUGAAGAUGUUGCAGCAGCAAUCACGACUCUUUCAGCCGGUGAUCUCAUGGCAUACAUAGACUACGGUGGUCCUCCAGAGGACUUGGUUGGAUUGGUGAAAAUGAGGUUGCAAGAGAAAAAACUUGGCCUGAUGACCAAACUGAUGGAGGAAGAAUUCUCAGUGUCGUCUUCAUCAUCUUCAGCUUGCAGUUGUUCUUCUGACGAUGAAUCUGGGUCGAGUAGAAAUGGAUCAGGACGAUAUUCCUCAUCAAGAAGGUCAGAGGCGAUCACAUGUUACCCCGGGAGUUCAUUGGCAGCUGUGCUAAUUCAAGCACUUGCACAUCGUGCUAGUUCCGUUUGGGUCAUUGAUGAGGAUCACAAUUUGGUUGGAGCUGUAUCAUUUAAAGGAAUUUUGAAAGUUUUUCGGAGUAUUGCUAAUGCAAGGCUUAAACCUGAGACACAGAAUUUAUCAACCCAAUAAUAAUAAGACCACUUUGUAUCCAUCCAUAUAUUAGUAGAUUAUACUGCAGACUAUAUGUUAUGAAUUUUACAUGAUUGAACAAAAGACCUUUUUGAUGGUGAUUUAUAAAAACGUUUUGAUUUUUUGAAA